AUGAUUAAAGGCGGACUCCCCCUGAGCGUUCUGGAGAAUGGGAGGAGCCAGGUAAUACUUUGGAUUCGCGAGGAAGAUCCGUCGACACUGAAUUACUGCCUUGUUAAUCCUACUAUGGAUGCGACGCCUGAAACUAAUGAUGGUCUUGGGUUUCGAUAUCCUUACACUACUAUUGGUAACCGACUUGCUUUGAUGCUUAUGGCUCACCGUUUCCCGCAACGCAACCAGAUCUGGCGCAACAACGCUGUGAAGCAGCUACAUAAAUGGGAAAUGGAUUUUGAGGACGUCCUCCGAGUAAUUCCGGAGACCGAACGAAAGCAAACUCCACCGGGUUCAAUAUAUCGAGCGCCGCGCUACCCUAUUAACCCGCGAUCACCAUAUCUUGUACGAUCACGACAGCCGCCGACAGGUUGUGAUAGUUAA